CAAUCCUCAGGUGAUGCUGCGGGGUGACGUCAGACGGGGCGUGGCUACGCAGUGCGGCGCCUUCUACCCUAACGGACAGAAGCUGCUGCCGCCGUCAUGUCGGACAACAACAACGGGGAGGAGCCCGCGUUGCACGGUUCCUGGGUGGAGAUCCAAAUGAACAGCAACGGGAACAACCUGGACAGCAACAGGAAUGGAGGUCUGGAGCAUGUGCCCUCAUCCUCCUCCAUCCACAACGGGGACAUGGAGAAGAUCCUCCUGGACGCCCAGCACGAGUCCGGACAGAGCAGUUCCCGGAGUAGCUCGCAGUGCGAGAGCCCCUCGCCUGAAGAAGGUCAGAUAACCUUUGAUGUGGAGAUGCACACCAGUAAAGACAGCUUCCAGUCUGAAGAAGACGACGGAGAGGCCGAGAAAGAAGAAGAAGUUCUGAAGAAGAGCGCAGACUGGGUAUCCGACUGGUCGAGUAGACCCGAAAAUGUCCCCCCAAAGGAAUUUCAUUUCCGACACCCCAAGAGGUCUGUGUCUCUGAGUAUGAGGAAGACGGGAGCCAUGAAGAAAGGAGGCAUUUUCUCGGCAGAAUUCCUGAAAGUUUUCAUCCCCUCUCUUUUCAUCUCCCAUGUCCUGGCCCUGGGGCUGGGCAUUUAUAUUGGGAAAAGAUUGACCCUCCCAUCUACCAGUUCUUAUUGAUGGAGCAUGAUCUGGAAUUGAUCCCCCGACCCCCUGAAGGUGUGUUCCUGUCACAUUUGUGCAUUUUGAACUUUGCACCAUGUUAAGCAUGACUUAAAGCACCCCCUUCUCGUCACCCAUCUUUACAAACCUGGGAGCCCUUUCUUGCAACCUCGGGGAGGUUCAGAGCACCGAGCUUAACGUGAAGAACCCAACUCAACAAGAAAUCGGCUCAUCUCCUGGUCCUCCCAUUUGAGAGUCCCUCAGAGAGGAAGUGUCUGACUGCAGCCAGCCAUGUUGAUAUGGUCACUGUCUGGCUCAGACCAGAAAUGUUCUCCUUCUGGACAACCCUUGCAAGCGAUGAAAAACCCACCAGGUCAUGUCUACCAUGGGCCCCAGUGCAAAUAACAAGAGCCCCAGAUGUUUAACUUGAUCACCCUGUAGCCUUCCGGUGACAGCACCUUCACCAUCAGAGAGAUGACCGCGUAUCUGGCCCCAUCAAAGCCCUCGGGGCUUAUCGACCGUUCUAUUUGGAUUGCAUGAUGUUACCAAUGGGGAAUUUUGGAAUCGCCUUGAUCCCUACUCAGGACUGCCACAGAAUAUUACAAGUGGGGACUUGAGGCUUGGCUAAGAAACGUUCAUUUAUUUUUUAUUUUUUUUAGAUUGUGUGAUUUCAAAAAAGAAAAUAAUUAGCCUGCCAAUUCAUAGAGAAAGCAUCAAGUAGAAGCAAUUCCAAGUGUGAAUUGUGCCGAUGAUCAUCUCAUAGAUACAUGGCUCUCCCUGGAGACUAGACACACUGCCCUCUGGGAUAUAUACUGUGAGGAACAGGAGUAUUUGAACACCCUGCGAUUUUGCAAGUUCUCCCACUUAGAAAUCAUGGAGGCAGUGGCGUACAUAGAGAAGUAAGGGCCCCAUAGCAAGGAUUAAACCAGGCCCCCCA